AUGGCCGAGGACCCAGUGUACAGUGGUUUUAACGUUCUUGCUCUCGAGGCGCCUGGCAAGUGCAAGAAUGCGCCGGGUGGUCGGGCUGUUGGGGUCGUGCUUUCGGCAUCUUCGUAUGGCUUCCUGGGCGUCGGUGUAAAUGUCCACCGUCUUCACGGGUGGGUUCAGGCUUUGGGUAACGUGUUCCAGGGCGUGAAGGAUCGCCUGGGCUACGGCUUCCUGGGGCGUUUCAGCGAUUUCGACCUCUCUUGGCAUUGGAACUCGACAGUGCUUCCAGGGAAACGUCACAUUGACAUGAAAACCGGAGUAGUUCGCAGUCAACUUAAUCACCGAAAUAUUUCUCGGAGUGAUCUUAAUGCAGAUGUUACCUGCACGGCGUCAAAUUCUUUUGGUGAUGACUUUAAACGAACCCUCAAGUUAGACGUCUGGACAAAGCCCACUGACAUUCGUAUAAGGCCACGCCCAUUCAACGAAGACGCCGCGGCGAGCGUGGAGUGCGAAGUCCUGGGUUCGAGACCCUCGCCUCUGGUGACGUGGUACUUGGGAGACCAUGGCCCUCUCGAUGCCUCCUUUACGCACGAUCAGACCGAUGACGCUGUCACGACCAGUGUGCUGACGUUCACGGCCCAAGCGGGGGACAGCGGGAAGACGCUCAUGUGCGUCGCGGAACACCGGAUAAUUGACUACAAGAUUAACACCAGCUUCGUCGUCGAGGUCCAGUAUGAACCCAAAGUCGUCCUUUCACUGAACGCCAGCAGGCCCGGUGCUGGCGAGGACGUCUACCUCGAAUGCGAGAUUCAGGCCAAUCCGAUGGCCACGCACGUUCACUGGUACCUCAACAGCGAUCCCAUCGCAGCCUUCCCUCUCGACGUCUACCAGCACACGGUGACGCUCAGGAAAACUCAAGUGACGCCCCGUGACUCUGGAGAUUACCAAUGCGCUGCCCUCAGCAGUUACGGCGUCGGUCGCAGCAACGUGGUGAACAUUUAUAUAAACGAUUGCGCAAAGAAUCUGUGCUAA